AUGGCGCCCACCAAGGGAGACAAGUACUCGGUCAUCCUGCCGACCUUCAACGAGCGCAAGAACCUGCCGAUCAUCACCUGGUUGCUGAACCGCACCUUUACUGAGAGCAAACUUGACUGGGAGCUCAUAAUCGUCGAUGAUGGCUCCCCCGACGGUACCCAGGUCGUUGCCAACCAGCUCGUGAAAGCGUACUCGCCACACGUCGUCCUGAAGACCCGAACGGGCAAGCUCGGUCUGGGCACUGCUUACGUGCACGGCCUGCAGUUUGUCACCGGUAACUUCGUUAUCAUCAUGGACGCCGACUUCAGCCACCACCCCAAGUUCAUCCCCCGCAUGAUCGAGCUACAAAAGAAGGGCAACUACGACAUCGUCACCGGCACCCGCUACGCUGGCGACGGCGGGGUGUACGGCUGGGAUCUCAAGCGCAAGUUCGUCAGCCGUGGAGCCAACCUGUUCGCCGAUACCGUUCUUCGUCCCGGCGUCAGCGACCUUACCGGCAGCUUCAGAUUAUACAAGAGGACCGUGCUGCAGAAGGUCAUCGAGAGCACAGAGAGCAAGGGCUACACGUUCCAGAUGGAGAUGAUGGUCCGCGCCAAGGCCAUGGGCUGCACCGUGGCCGAGGUGCCAAUCUCCUUCGUGGAUCGUGUGUAUGGUGAGAGCAAGCUCGGUGGAGACGAGAUCGUUGAGUACGCAAAGGGAGUCUUAAACUUGUGGCUGAAGGUCUAA